AUGUACUACCAUUCCUGCGAUGACCUGCUGAAAGAACACUUUAAAGAACACUUUUACAGCCUCCAGGCAAUUCUCAAGAUUCCACAUCAGCCUAAACCUAACCAUUUGGGCAAUGUUGCAGCAAGUGCCCUUGAUGUGAACUGCCUGUCAAGAGCAAAAUUACUGAUCUUGACUCAGAGGUUUACCUUCGGUCCCAAGGAGGGAAUCGACAAUCCAGCCAUGGUGAUUGCAGGUGAAACAGAACCUGUGUCAGGUCCCUCACUUCGGAUGUGUGUGCUGAAGAGGGAAGAGGGGGAAACCUUUGGCUUCAAUCUGCGUGUGCAAAAAGGGAGGCAGGGUCAUGUUUUCAGGCAGCUACAGUCAUGUGGUGUGGCAGAGAGAAGUGGGCUCAAUGAUGGGGAUCGCCUGCUUGAAGUAAAUGAGAUGUUUGUAGACAACAUGGGACAUAUGGAGGUGGCCCGUUGGAUUCAAGUGUGUGGUUCUCAGCUGUGUCUCUUGGUGUUGGAUGGCCAGGCCUAUGACAAGGCUGUGUCUGAGGGUCGUGACCUUAGAGAGCUGGCUAAAACCAACCGUGGGGAAGAAUGGAAGCCACCCCGUCUCUGCCACAUCACAAGAGAAGCUUCAUCUGGCUUGGGGUUUAGCAUAGUGCCUGUGGAAGGUGAGGAAGGCAAAUUCUCUACAAGUCCAGUGAAUGGAGGAGCUGCACAGAAGGCAGGAGUGAAGAAAGGUGACCAUCUGAUCUGGAUCAAUGGUGCCAUGGCUUCUGAACUCACACACUCUGCCAUCAGCAAAAUGGUAAAGAAGUGUAACGAUCACAUGACGGUGCUGGUGAUUGACAGCGAGAGUGAGAAGAGUUAUGCCCGAAGGAAAAUGCCCAUUCUUCCACCCAUGGCUGAUGCAGUGAGCAUGCCUUACCAGCCCCGCAGACUGCAUCUGGUGCUUGGGUCAGAAGGGUACGGUUUCCUGCUCAGGAAGGAGAAGACAGGGGCAGGACGCACUGUCCACAUGGUAAGAGAGGUAGUUAAGGGCAGCCCUGCUGAAUUGGGAAGUGUUAAAGAAGGUGAGGUGCUUCUUGAAGUAAAUGGAGAGCCCACAGGCUCAUUGGGUCAUGAUGAAGUUGUCAACAAAAUCAGACAGAGUGGACAGAAUGUCACCCUCACAACUAUGCCACCACAAGGCCAAGAGUUUUACACUAAGCUGGGCCUCUCUCCCUUGCUGUUCUGUGUGAAUGUUACAACUGGUAUCCCUAUGGAGAAAAGGGAAAUCCUGAUAACACCGGAGCUUACAGUGCCCCCUGUUGAGCCCCAGGAGGAUGUGCAGAUCAAUCCUAAUGUUAGACUCUGUGUGCUACAGAUGGGCUCCGUUGGAUUUGGCUUCCAUUUGGGCAGCAUUCAACAGAAACCUGGCAUCUUUAUCAGCCAGGUAACAGCAGGAGGCCCAGGACAGAGUUCUGGUCUUCUACAGGGUGAUGUGGUGGUGGAAGUGAAUGGACAGAAUGUGGAGAAAGAGUCUGUGGAGGAUGUGAUCUUACAUGUGAAAAAAGGAGGGAGCUCUCUUUCUUUACUAGUAGUUGAUCAGAGAGGUUAUGAGUGGCUGAAGAAGAACGAGAAGCCAAUCAAAGUGAACCAACUGGCGACAACCUCUGAGGGAGAGAAAAAUGUCUCAAAGGCUGCUGAACCACCAACAGAAUGAUGAACUAUUAGUCCACCUGGAAAUGUCUUCAGGGGUGAUGGAUAUUAAAGCAGUCCUUAAAAUGACAAAGAAAUCAGCCAUGGGGAAAAUUUUCUGUUCAAGACCUUGCAAAUACAUUUAACAGGAAACAAUUUCUUUAUCUUUAAAGCUGUGGUUAGG